AUGAUGAUGAUGUCCCUGAACAGCAAGCAGGCGUUCAGUAUGCCGCACGGCGGCAGCCUGCACGUGGAGCCCAAGUACUCGGCGUUGCACAGCGCCUCGCCCGGGUCCUCUGCACCCGCGGCGCCCUCCGCCAGCUCUCCUAGCAGCUCGAGCAAUGCUGGCGGCGGUGGCGGCAGUGGCGGGGGCGGUGGAGGCCGGAGCAGCAGCUCCAGCAGCAGUGGCAGCAGCGGCGGCAGCGGCGGGGGCUCCGAGGCGAUGCGGAGAGCAUGUCUUCCAACCCCACCGAGCAAUAUAUUCGGCGGGCUGGAUGAGAGUCUGCUGGCCCGCGCCGAGGCUCUGGCGGCGGUGGAUAUCGUCUCCCAGAGCAAGAGCCACCACCAUCACCCGCCCCACCACAGCCCCUUCAAGCCGGACGCCACCUACCACACCAUGAAUACCAUCCCGUGCACGUCGGCUGCCUCCUCUUCGUCGGUGCCCAUCUCGCACCCGUCCGCGCUGGCGGGCACGCACCACCACCACCACCACCACCACCAUCACCACCAUCAGCCUCAUCAGGCUCUCGAGGGCGAGCUGCUGGAGCACCUGAGUCCUGGGCUAGCGCUGGGUGCCAUGGCGGGCCCCGACGGCGCCGUGGUGUCCACUCCAGCUCACGCGCCGCCCAUGGCUACCAUGAACCCCAUGCACCAAGCCGCCCUCAGCAUGGCCCACGCGCACGGGCUGCCCUCACACAUGGGCUGCAUGAGCGACGUGGACGCCGACCCCCGGGACCUGGAGGCGUUCGCCGAGCGCUUCAAGCAGCGACGCAUCAAGCUGGGGGUGACCCAGGCCGAUGUGGGCUCCGCGCUGGCCAACCUCAAGAUCCCCGGCGUGGGCUCGCUCAGCCAGAGCACCAUCUGCAGGUUCGAGUCCCUCACGUUGUCUCACAACAAUAUGAUCGCGCUCAAACCCAUCCUGCAAGCGUGGCUGGAGGAGGCGGAGAAGUCUCACCGCGAGAAGCUCACCAAGCCGGAGCUCUUCAACGGCGCGGAGAAGAAGCGCAAGCGCACGUCCAUCGCGGCGCCGGAGAAGCGCUCGCUCGAAGCCUACUUCGCCAUCCAGCCGCGGCCCUCUUCCGAGAAGAUCGCCGCCAUCGCUGAGAAGCUGGACCUUAAGAAGAACGUGGUGCGCGUCUGGUUCUGCAACCAGAGGCAGAAACAGAAAAGAAUGAAAUAUUCCGCGGGCAUUUAG